UAGAUGGCGUGCAUUGUUAUUUGAAAACUAGGCCUAACGUGCAUCGGUAAUACUAAUAAUUGAUAAUCAAUAUCACGAAAACCACCUAGAAAACAGUUUGCCACUGGUGAUUUUAAAAUUAUUUAUCAGUGAUAAAUUAACCAAAAGUUAAUUAAAAAUGCCAUUUAUUUUAAUGUCGGAUUGCCCCCUUAAGCGGACGGGCACGCCGCGUCAUGCUGCACACUUUGCCGGCUUAGGGUUGUCACCGUCUCAUGAAGAUGGUCACUACCACUGUGGUCACUACAACCGACCGAACUUCGGACCGUGGGGGAUCCAAACUGUGAACCAGGCCGGAUCCUCGAUUAAGCAAGAUAAAGACAAGUACCAAGUUAAUUUGGACGUACAGCAUUUUGCACCGGACGACAUUACUGUGAAGACAGCCGAUGGCUUCCUGGUGGUGGAGGCUAAGCAUGAAGAACGCAGGGACGAGCAUGGGUAUGUCGCUCGAGGCUUCACAAGGCGCUAUAAGCUUCCUGAAGGCAUUGUAGAAGAUUCUGUGAUGUGCAAGCUCUCAUCAGAUGGUGUACUUACCAUUACUGCAUCUCUGAAGGCCCCAUCAGCGGCUACUAACGAGAGGGUUGUGCCUAUCGUCCAAACUGGACCAGUGGCUCAGCAAUCCGCAGAAGAAAAGCAGGGCUAAAUAAUUUCAAUGUCUAUUUGUACCCUGUAGAAAUCCUACCAACAACCUUAACCUGCAAUCUGCAACUUUUAUACCUUCUAUAAACAACCUUCCCUUAGUGUCUAUCCAUAUUAUUUAGGUACUAGUUGCCCCACCGUGGCUUCUUACAGGAGACUUACAUAUUCCAUGUAGAAAUUUGAAUAAUAUAUUAAUAUUACAAAUUACAAUAUACAUAUAUUAUAUUAUACAAUAUAUUUUUAAAUUUUAUAUUUUUUUUAGUUUUAAUUUAGAUUUAAGUUUGUUUUUAAGAAUGAAUUGUCAAUUAUUAUACUUAGUACGUAUUUGAUUUGAUAAUAAAAUUAAAUUAAUUACUACUUGUUAAUGACAACUAUUCACAGUAUAUAGACCUUUCUCGUGAAAUGUUCUGAAUGAUAAUUUAAUGUUGAAUUACACUGGGAAGUUUAUGUAACAAAUUUUUUGGAUAUAUGUAUUUACCGAAAUGGAACCUAUUACAUAAUAGGGAAGAAAUUAAAAUUGUAUGAGUAUAAAAUCUACUAGCUACUAAGCUAUUACACUGAUCUCAAAUUGUUUUGUUGUUAACCAUGGAGAAGUUGGGUCCUCCAUCUCUGAAAUUAUUACUAACCCUCCACACAUAAAGAUAAAUCUUAUAAGUUUUUGACGUGUGUAUAAAUGUGUGUGUGUAUCUGCGUACCUAUCUGUGUAUCUGUCUGGACAUCCUCGUAGCUUGUAAACAGAUGAACCAA